UUACUGCACUUUACUGGAAUUGUCAAUGUCGUCUGACGUAGUUGAUCGUUGACCCUAGUCCGCUCCUGCUCACUUGAAAUCAUUUACGUUGAAGUUAUAUACUUUGCACUAUUCAUUUUACGUGAAAUUUUGAACAUGAUACAGUGUAUGAACGAGAUGGAAAAUAUCACACUAAGCCCAACAAUGAAGACAAAAUUAAAAAAUCGAGAGUGUGUGAAUAAAAUUAGACAUGGAUCCCCAAAAUUGCAAGAAGUCCUAAGAGAGAGGUGUCGGCAGAGAAUGCGAGAGAAUCGGAGACAGUUGUUUAAUAGAGGUAGAUUUGGUUUAGAAAUCAAUUCGAAAGAUGUUCAGGAAACGUUAACCGAAAUCGUACGUAAAGAAUUGAAUAAUAUUGCUGUUACGGAUCUAGAUCCAGAUGUGAAUCCAUUUUCUCAAGUAAUCGACGAACCUCUUGAUCCAGAGGAAGCUCUAGAACUUGAAAGUGAAAUACUUGGGGAAGAAGAACAAUGGAUUUUACAAGAGUAUGAAAGAAUGUCGCAAGAAGAAAUUGAAUUUCUAGCAUUAACAGCAGACCAAGAAUUUGCAGAAGUUAUUUGCCCUAAGUGUCAAGUGUCUAAUCUAACAGAAAGUGUAAGCCAAAUAACAUGCAAGUCUUGUAACUUUGUAUUAGACAGUAGUAUGAAUUUGAAAAGCUUAGGACAGGUAAUAAAUAAGUGUGUAAGUACUCAUUCUGGCAUCUGUAAGGAGACACCUGGUAUCUUACCACUUUCAGAAAAGAAUAGUACAUCUUUAUAUUUGGUCUGUGAUAAAUGUUUAACUUUUAUUCUAAUAAUAUAAAUUAUUUCAUUAGCCAAUUAGUUAAUAAAUUGUUUGAAAUUUUAAAAACUGUAAUAAAAAUAAGAGUGACUAUUUUUAUACGAUUGUUGUUUCAACAUAAACUAUUACUAGUAAUUUAUUAAUUAAUAAAAUAUUUAACAUUAUUUUUAAAGAAUCAUUGCAACAGCAAUGUAAAUGACUAUGGACAUUUUAAUGUCUGCUAAGAUAAUAGAAAACCUAUAGUAUUUUUAUUGUGAUAAACCAUUUCUAAUGUCAGGCAGCAUAAGAAAGUAAGAGAAAGUUAAUUAAAUUUAAAUUUUCUUUAUGGAAGUAAAUUUUCGAAUAACAGUACAUGAGUUUUUAUACGAUUAUAUGAUACAUAUUGUACAAAAAAAACAUCCCUUCGUUGAUUUGUUUAUAUUAUUUAUCACUUAUACAUAUACAAUGAAAAAUUGUAAGUAAAAGGCAUCUGUAUAUUGUUAACAUUAAUGGAAUAAGCGUCUAUAAUAUGUAAAUUUUCUUUUAACGAUUAUUACAGAAGGUAAUUGUAAGAAAUUACUAAAGAUUGUUCACCGCUUACAACGUUCUGUUAUACACAAUUAUGUAAAGGCAAUAACAUUGUUACAAUAUACAGAAGUUUUUUACAGCUUAAGGUCUAAUAUUUGAACCUUUAUAAAUGAUUUGUACAUUAUCACAUGAAAUUUCACAUUAAAAAUUUCAUAUUUCAUAACA